AUGGCAGGACAAUCGAAGUUGAGGUUUUUGCCUCCAGACCGGACCCUCAAGAGCAUCGUCUCCGAGCUCACGUCGCUCUAUCUCAAGCACCGAACCAAGAUUUCGCGAACCGUGUACCUGACCCUCUUCUUCGCCCUCCUCAAUCGCAUUCGCUCUGCAAUAUCCGAACAGAAAGCUGCUGCUGCACGUCAGGCAGCUGUACGGAAGCGUGGUGUUACUACAUUGGGCAAUGGGAAUGACGAGCCUGGCAAGAGGCAGAAGGUUGAGCUGAAUAGGGAAUUCUUCAAGAAUCUGUUCCGGCUGUUGAAAAUAUGUAUACCGGGAUGGCGGAGCAAAGAGUUUAGGCUUCUUGUCAGCCACACUAUCUUCUUAGUCGUCAGGACUCUCAUUAGCUUGAAAGUUGCUGCGAUGGAUGGUGCUUUGGUCUCCAGUCUUGUUAGAGGGAAAGGUAGAGAGUUCCUGGUCGGGAUUGUAUGGUGGAUGUUGAUUGCCAUACCGGCCACUUUUACCAAUUCCAUGCUCUCUUACCACCAGUGCAAACUGUCUCUGCAAUACCGAACACGGUUAACGAACUAUAUCCACGACAGAUACCUAUCGAAUAUGACGUUCUAUUCUCUUUCAGCCCUAGACGAUCGAAUAAAGAAUGCAGACCAGUUGAUUACUGUGGACGUCGCAAAAUUUGCAAAUAGCUUGGCCGAGUUAUAUGGAAAUUUAGCCAAGCCAACAUUAGACAUGUUAAUUUACAACUACUCUUUAUCGAAGAGCGUAGGUGGAGAAGGACUCUUCUUCAUGUCAUUAUUGGUGCAGCUUUCUGCAAGUCUUAUGAGGGCUUUAACGCCUCCCUUUGGAAAAUACGUGGCAGACGAGGCACGGCUGGAAGGCGAAUUUCGUUUCGAGCAUUCACGAUUAAUAGACUACAGCGAAGAGAUUGCUCUCUACAAUGGCCAUGAGGCAGAAAAGGACACGCUAGACAAGGGUUAUUUCACACUUAUCAAACAUGUUAAUUAUAUUUUGAGGCGCCGUUUUACGCAUGGUAUCAUGGAGGAUUUUGUGAUCAAAUAUGCCUGGGGCGCAUUAGGUCUCCUUCUUUGUAGUGUCCCAGUCUUUUUCAAGAUUCCAGGCACUACGGCCGCAACAAUGGGGGACCGGACUGAAAGCUUCGUCACCAAUCGACGAAUGUUGCUAUCUAGUUCCGACGCGUUUGGUCGGGUCAUGUUCUCCUACAAAGAAAUCACCGAGUUGGCAGGAUAUACAUCUCGGGCUGCAAGCCUGUUGGACGUAAUGGAUGAUAUCCAAUCUGGACGAUUUCAAAAGACUCUGAUUGCGGACGAGGAAUCCGGUCAGCAGUUAGAAUUGAUGAAGGGUCGAGGUACUAUCAUCGAGAGUGAAGAUAUCGAGUUUAUCGAUGUGCCUAUAAUUACCCCUGGCGGCAGCAUUCUUGUGAAAGCAUUGUCCUUUUCGAUGAAAUCUCAAGAUCACGUCUUAGUUGUAGGGCCGAACGGAUGCGGGAAAUCUUCGCUUUUCCGAAUUCUGGGCGGCCUCUGGCCAGUAUAUGGAGGGACGGUACGGAAGCCUUCUCUCGCGCAAGUAUUCUAUGUCCCUCAACGGCCCUAUCUCAGCGCUGGAUCUCUCCGACAACAGAUCAUCUACCCCGAUUCUUUACGCACCAUGCGCAGUAAGGGAAUCACCGACUCGGACCUCUUCGAUAUCCUUCGAAUCCUGGACCUCGACCAUCUGGUCAGUACAUUUCCUGAUGGCUGGGAUGCCGAAGCCGAAUGGCGAGAUGUCCUCUCAGGUGGCCUACAACAGAGAGUCGCAAUGGCACGACUGUUUUACAAUCGCCCCAAAUACGCAAUCCUUGAUGAAUGCACCUCCAGUGUAACUCUUGAAAUGGAGAAGAUCAUGUACGAUCAUGCCAAAGCACUGGGAAUUACUCUCAUGACAGUCAGUCACAGACGCAGUCUAUGGAAGUAUCAUAGUAAGAUCUUGCAAUUCGAUGGGCAAGGAAAAUAUAUUUUCACGGACCUUGACGCAGAUAAGCGGCUGAAGCUAGAGGAUGAGCGGGAAGAGUUAGAGCUACAACUGAGACAAGUUCCGGAGAUCGAACGGCGGAUCGCCGAAUUAACAGCGACAUGA